AUGGCAUCAGUUGAAGAUACCCCCGAUGGAACCGGUAAGAACCGACUCCUCCCCCGCACGGGCACUACUUACGAUAACAAUUCCCCAGCUGUUCUCAAGCUCGAUCCAUGGCUUGAACCCCACAAGGACGUCCUGAAGCACAGAUACAGCUUGGUCGAGAAAUGGGCCAACGAAAUUAAAAAGUCAGAGGGCGGCUUGGACCAAUUUAGCAAGGGCUACGAAUCCUUCGGUCUUGUUGUACAGCCUAAUGGCGACAUUACAUACCGUGAAUGGGCUCCCAAUGCGAAGGAGGCAUCACUAGUCGGUGACUUCAACAACUGGGAUGUUAACGCCAACCCAAUGACCAAGAAUGAUUUCGGAAUCUGGAACGUGACCGUGCCAGCGAAGGCUGGCAGCCCUGCUAUUCCCCACGAGAGCAAAAUAAAGGCAAGCACUAGCCCGUACCAACAGAUCACCCUGGUCCUACCCGACGGCGAACGCAUCUACCGCAUCCCAGCAUGGAUCAAACGUGUCGUGCAGGAUCUCAACGUAUCCCCGACCUACGAUGCCGUCUUCUGGAACCCACCCGCCAACGAGCGGUAUACUUUCAAGCACCCGCGACCCAAGAAGCCGGAGAGCCUGCGCAUUUACGAAGCGCACGUCGGCAUCUCGUCUCCCGAAACACGUGUCGCUACCUACAAGGAGUUUACCAAGAACAUGCUUCCGCGCAUCAAGUAUCUCGGCUACAACUCUAUUCAGCUGAUGGCUGUUAUGGAGCAUGCAUACUACGCCAGCUUCGGCUACCAGGUGAACAACUUCUUCGCGGCCAGUAGCCGCUACGGGCCGCCCGAGGACCUGAAAGAGUUGAUCGAUACAGCACACAGUCUGGGACUGGUAGUCCUGCUGGACGUAGUGCAUAGCCAUGCGUCGAAGAACGUGGAGGAUGGUCUGAACGAGUUCGACGGUACCGACCACCUGUACUUCCACGGAGGAGGAAAGGGUCGUCACGACCAGUGGGACAGUCGGUUGUUCAACUACGGUAACCAUGAAGUUCUGCGUUUCCUCCUCAGUAAUCUCCGCUUCUGGAUGGAGGAGUACCAGUUUGACGGAUUCCGUUUUGACGGUGUGACCAGUAUGCUCUAUGUCCACCACGGAAUUGGAAGUGGCUUCUCGGGCGGAUAUCAUGAGUAUUUCGGUCCUUCUGUUGACGAUGAGGCUAUCACAUAUCUGGCUCUUGCCAAUGAAUUGCUGCACGACCUUUAUCCAGAGUGUAUCACCAUCGCUGAAGAUGUCUCCGGUAUGCCGGCCCUAUGUCUGCCACAUGCUAUUGGCGGCGUUGGAUUUGACUACCGUCUUGCCAUGGCAAUCCCAGAUAUGUACAUCAAGCUCUUGAAAGAGCAGGAAGACUCCGAAUGGAACAUUGGCAACCUCGCCCACACCCUGACAAACCGUCGACACGGCGAGAAGACAAUCGCAUAUGCCGAAAGCCACGAUCAAGCCCUUGUCGGCGACAAGAGUCUCAUGAUGUGGCUCUGCGACAAAGAACUCUACACCAAUAUGUCCGUCCUCACGGAAUUCACACCGAUAAUCGAACGCGGCAUGGCCCUGCACAAGAUGAUCCGCCUAGUAACCCACAGUCUAGGCGGCGAAGGCUACCUUAACUUUGAAGGCAACGAAUUUGGCCAUCCAGAAUGGCUCGAUUUCCCGCGCGUCGGUAACGACAAUUCCUUCUGGUACGCGCGCCGUCAGCUAAACCUGACAGAAGACCCGCUGCUGCGAUACCACUUCCUAAAUGACUUCGACCGCGCAAUGCAGCUGACAGAGGCGAAGUACGGCUGGCUUCAUUCCGAGCAGGCGUUCAUCAGCCUCAAAAACGAGAGCGAUAAGGUGCUUGUCUUUGAGCGGGCCGGUUUGCUUUUCAUCUUCAAUCUUAAUCCCACACAGAGCUUUUCGGAUUAUCGGGUUGGUGUUGAUGUUCCUGGCACUUAUCGCAUUGUGCUUGAUACUGAUGAUCCGGCUUUUGGGGGUUUGGGGCGUAAUGCUAAGGAUACGCGCUUCUUUACUACUGAUCUGGCUUGGAACGGAAGGGCCAAUUUCACUCAGGUUUAUAUUCCUACUCGGACUGCUUUGGUCUUGGCUUUGGAAGAUAGCCUGUGA